AUGGCUCUCGCUCUCCUCAUUCCCAUACUGGCCGGCGGCGCGGCGGCGCAAAUGACGCUGCCACUCAUCAACUACGAUGAGGUUGUAAAUGCUAUUAACCCCAAUGAUUCGGGAUACCAGAUCUGUACUGCCGCAGCUUCGUUUCUCUCGGGCUGUGUUGCUGAAAUUGGAGGAUCCGAGGCGCUGUCCACUGCAAAUCCGCUGUCGCUCGCAGCAUGUGCCUGCUGCAUUGGAACGACUGAUGUAGCUCCCGUCUACAGCACUUGUGCCGAUUAUCUCGGUUCCGAGGCGCCUCAGCUGGGUUCUCAGAUCUCUGCCUACGACUAUCUCUAUACCGUGUGCGGAAGCUCUCCAGAGAUCUGUCGUGGUCAGAUUGGCGCAAACCCGACCAAUUCACAGCCUCCAGCAUCAUCUCACACUCCCUCCCAGUCCUCGAGAAUUCAGUCCCCUUCGCCAUCGAGAUCAACUGCUUCGCCGGCCUCCUCGCCCAGCAGCAUUCCGCAAGAAACAGAAACGUCAGGUGGAUUUACAGCAGAGGGAUCAACGGCCGCACCGACCAGAGCUUCUGCCACUGGAGGCGCAUCCGGCACAUCUCCUGGAACAGGAACGGGCACUGCGACUAGUCUUGUGACAACACUUGCAUCAGCGUGUGUUCAGAUGGUGGACAUUUUCCAGGAGUGUACCAGGGCGACGCCUGGUUUUACGGGCAUGCCGUUUGGAGAGCAGGCAUACUGUUACUGCUGCCGAACUGCCUUGGAUGGCCAAGUCACAUGGACCGAUGAAAUCGAGACAUAUGCUUCAACUUGUCGAAACUGGGGAGCCACAGCAGGCCCCGGUGAGCCCGUUACCGCCUACGAUGCGAUAGUGGCCAAAACAUUUGCUACCUUUUGCCAUCACUUCAGCGAUGUUUGCUCUGUCUCGACUACUGCUCCUCCAGAUAAUACCGCGACGAACGAUGACACAGGUGCGACGACCACUGCAGGUGGCCAAGUUACCGUUACUGUCACUCAACCGCCUGCUUCUACCACCAAUGCGGCUGCUACCGCUCGUGUGGGACUCGCUGCAGGUGUGAUCGCAGUGGCUGGAUUUGCUCUGAUGGUUUAA